ACGGAUUUUUCUUUCGUGUUGAAGGAAUUCUUUCGUCUGAAUGGGGCAUUUAAAUUUAAGAUGAGUGAAGGUCAGGAAGUUCAUCCUGCAUUUUAUUCUCUCUUUGCUGUGCCUGGAAUCCUUGUAGGAUUAGUUCUUGGAUUCCAACAGUGGAGAUGUCACGCUGAUGUCCCAAUGGUCCUGGAACGAUUCCGCGAAUCAUUGAAGAAGGUCGAGGGAACGAUCCGACGAAUAGCAGUGGAAGUGAAAACUGAAUCGGCAAAACGAGAGCAGAAACAUCAGCUUAGUGCCAGGCUGGAGUUUCUCGCAUCUCAACGUCUGAAGAACUCCCGAAUGGAAUCAUUGUUGAAUAUUGUGCGUGAUAGAAUCGCGGAAUUCAACACGAACAAAGAACCCAAAGCCGGGGUAUUCUUGUUCCAGCAUGCUGCUCAUGAUGUCGCAGAACUUGAGCACGAAAUCCGUUUGAAGUUUGAUGAAAUUGGUCAAUUGACCGAAGAAGCAAUGAGAGUUGAACGUCGCUUGAAAACUGGGGAAGUCGUAGCUAAGAACUAUGAAAAUUAUCUUUACGUAAACGAAGCCGUUUCGGAAGUUGAUGCAGAGAAUCUGAGACAGUUGGAAGCCGAGUUGGACGAAGUGACGGCAGAAUUCUCCGGAUUACUAGCGAGGCCCACAAAGAUGAAGGAAUCUUUUAUUUUGGAAGGGAAUGGUGAUAGCCCAGCAGCGACAUCUGACCAAUCGGAUAAAAACUCUGCUGCGCGCCGUUCUUACGUUGCAACCAUUAGAAGUCACUUGAAGGUUGUAUCUACUGCUGGUUGUUAA